CAAGUCAAAAGUUCAAUCAGCAUACCACACCAUCUUUUUUCCUCUCCCAAUUUACCCGUAAUUACACUAUGGCGACUAAAAAGCGCAAAGAAUCUUCCGGUGCCGGUGAGGUCCCGCACAAGAAGAGCAAAAAGUCCAAGUCCACAGCGGCAGACAACGCAACGAUCUCGUCAGCCACCAUACCUGUCGCCGAUGCCCCCGUUGCAAAGUCAAAGACCAAUGCCCCUAGCAAUGCUGCUGCUGUCUCUGCAAAGUCAUCUCGGAAGCGGGCUGCCGACUUCAUGGAGGAUGGCGAAGAUGCACCAGGAAAAGCCGUGACAGCAACAAAGAGUGCCGUCGAUUUGACGACGGCCCCUACAGACAAAUCCACCUCCAAGAAAACCAAGAAGGCCAAAAAGAGCAAUAAGGGCAAACAUGACGAACUUCUAAGCGCAGAUGGCGUCAAUGGCAUCAUUGAACAUAGUGGCGAAGAGGAAGUUGAGACUGCCACAACACACAAGCCCGUAUCGACGUCAAUGCAAGCCGAAGCUGAACAUACGGUCGAUCACGAACUGCAGGACGAGUACGGAAGUGCCGGCGAUGAUGAUGAAGCGGAGCAAGACGACAACGCAGCCGUCCUACUAGCUGGCUUCGAUAGUGAAUCGGAAGACAACCAAGAAGACAAGGGCCUUGACGUCAAUUCCAAACCUACCAUUCCUGCCAACAAGAAACUACGGUCUCAAUUGAAGAAGAUCAAGAAUUCCGAAGGCGCUGACGAAGAGCCUGGAACAGUCUAUGUUGGGCGCAUUCCCCACGGUUUCUAUGAGGCGCAGAUGAAAGAAUACUUUUCACAGUUCGGAGACAUCAGCCGUCUACGACUUUCUCGAAACAAGCGAACUGGAGCAUCGAAGCAUUUUGCUUUCAUUGAGUUCAAGUCCAACGAGGUGGCGAAGAUUGUAGCCAGCACCAUGGACAACUACCUGCUCUUCGGCCAUAUCCUCAAGUGCAAAUAUGCAGAGCCUGGCUCACUCCAUCCCGACGUCUGGAAGGGCGCAGACAAGAAAUUCAGAAGAAUCCCGCAUGAGAAACUUGAACGAGAAAAACUGGCUGCUCCUAAGACCGAAGCACAAUGGCAGAGACUUAUUAAGAAAGAGCAAAACAGACGAGACAAGAAGGCUAGAAAACUGCAGAAGCUCGGAAUCGACAUGCCUUCGUCUACGUUGACCGACCCUAGCAAAGCUCUUCGGGAGAGAUUGGCCGCACAAGAACAGCAGCAGCAACUCCAAGAUGAAAUCUCUGUCCCGACUGGCAUGCUCGAACCACCAAAGAAUGUACCAAAGGAUGCCGUCGCUGUGAAAGAGGCGAAGAAAUCGAAAAAGGAGAAGAAGCCGGAGAAGGUUGCAUCAGCCGCUGUUGAGGACGAGCCAUCUACCACGACCUCCAAAAAGGAUGUGACAGGCAAGUCUUCGAAAAAGGACAAGAAGAGCAAGCAGGUUGAUAUCACUCCAGCAGAGGCUCAGGCAAAGACCGUGACGGAGACUACUACCGACGAGGUUACUGUUCCAGAGGCGACAGAAGCUAAGCCAGCAAAGAAGGACAAGAAGAAGAAGCAGAAGUCCGACUCUGCCGAACAGGUAGAAGCUCACACUUCAGUCGCUAUUCCAGAGAAAAAGCUGUCCAAGAAGGAAAAGCAAGCCCAGAAAAAGUCACAAGAGGCUUCUGUCGCCGUCGAGGAAGCAGCAGAGCCUGCCGUAGAGCCGCCUGUCUCGUCGGAAGCUGCGCCUGCGGAAUCCGGAGCAGACUUCAUCUCCCUCGCCGAGUUUGCUGACGAACAAGCCGACUCGGGCGACGACUCGGGCGCAAAUGAGCAAGCUGGCAAACCUGGAAAACUGGCCAAGCCCUGGAAGAAGGAAAAGAAGAAGAAGGACCGCAAGAACCUCGUCAAAGCCCGCGGACCCAAGUCGAAUCUAGUUCCCACGUCGCAGAAGUCUAGACAGGAACCCCAAGCGUCUGGCAAGGACGGCAUGCCUCUCAUGGGCAAGUCAAAGUACGACAAGGCGGCGCGUCGGGCACACAAGGAGAUGAAGAAGGAGAUGCUGUCCAAGAAAUUCAGUGGUCAACGUCGUUUGAGCAGUGGCUCAUCUUAGAGCAUCAUUGGUUGGGAGCAGAAAAGCGCGGGUCCGUCACCUCGCAUUACGAGUUUUGGGCCAGUAUCAACUCAUUUCUACCUGUAAGUAGUCUCUACUGAGCAGUGUGGCACAGGCGAAUGUGCAAAAGGGGAACAAGAAAAGUUCUAGUAUGCUUUUGAUGGCGAGACGGACUUUUUUUACGUGAGCGGGUGAGCGAACUUUUUGGUUCCUUGGUUCAUAUGUAGACCUCCAUCCGUACAUACUGAUUAUUUCAUCCCGUUGAGAUAAAGAACAGCUG